AUUGCUUCAUUGCUUCUUCUUUCAACGUCUGACUAACCAUAAAUACUGUUUCCUCUCUUACUGGGGUGUUUUUCACCUAUUGCUUACUAUAAACACCAGUCAUAGUAUAUCCUUCAAUCAAACAAAAACAAAAAAAAAAAAAAAAGUUAAUCCCAAAGGAAGGCUCUCGCUUUUAAAUUCAAGAUGUGGCAGCCAAGCUCUGCACUACUUCUUGUCGCGUCACUUCUUACAGCCCUCCCAGUCAACGCUGAUGGGUUGUACACUAAAAAGUCGCCUGUGCUGCAGGUGGAUCAAAAGUCUUAUGAUCGGCUGAUUGCCAAGUCCAAUCAUGCAUCGAUCGUAGAAUUCUACGCUCCCUGGUGUGGCCACUGCCAGAACCUGAAGCCUGCCUACGAGAAAGCAGCCAAGAACUUGAACGGUUUGGCCAACGUUGCCGCCGUCAACUGUGAUGAUGACGAAAAUAAACCCCUGUGUGGCCGGUUGGGUAUACAGGGCUUCCCGACCCUCAAGAUCGUGACACCUUCCAAGAAACCUGGCGCACCAAGGGUGGAAGAUUACCAGGGCCAGAGGACCGCCAAAGCUAUAGUGGAUGCGGUAGUGGACCGCAUCCCAAACCAUGUGAAGAGGGUUACGGACAAGGAUCUGGACAAGUGGCUCUCUGAAAACGAAGAAUCCCCGAAGGCUAUUCUUUUCACCGAGAAAGGCACCACGAGCGCUCUCAUCCGAGCCCUUGCGAUUGACUUCCUUGGAUCAAUCAAGGUUGCCCAAAUUCGUAGCAAGGAGUCCGAUGCUGUAGAGAGAUUUGGUAUUGAGGAAUUCCCCAAACUCGUCCUCCUCCCCGGAGGCGAGCAGGAACAUAUUGCGUAUGAUGGCGAGCUCAAAAAGAAGCCAAUGGUGGAGUUCCUCAGCCAAGUCGCGGCCCCCAACGCUGCUCCCUCUGCCACAAGUUCCAAGUCCAAGUCCUCAAAGCCAUCUAAGUCAUCGUCCGCACGUUCUAAAUCUACAACGGUUCUAGAUGAUGAAGCAGAGAACUUGAAGCCAACUGAGUCUCCUGACCCCAAAGUUGUCCCCGACAAUGCGCAGGAAUCGAAGCCCGCACAAGUUCCCAUCCAGGCACCCCCUAUUGCUUCCCUUCCUACUGUGGAAGCGCUGGAGUCUGCCUGUCUAACACCCAAAUCCGGCACUUGUAUUUUGGCUCUUCUUCCAGAAUCCACCGAAGCUGACGCCGACAUUCCCAGCUCCGCGAAGGAGGCCGUUGUCAGUUUAUCUGAGAUUGUACAUAAGCAUGCGGUGCGCCAGGCCCACCUCUUCCCGUUCUACAGUGUCCCAGCUAUUAACAGCGGGGCCGCAACUCUGCGGGCUGGGCUCGGUCUUUCUGAGGAUAGCAAGUCAGUGGAGAUCAUCGCGUUGAACGGACGCAGAGGCUGGUGGCGGAGGUACGACCCAUCGGAAAAAGCGGACUACAGUCUGGCCCGUCUUGAGUCCUGGGUUGACGCUAUUCGUUUGGGCGAAGGUUCUAAGAGCAAGCUCCCAGAAGGGGUCGUCGUCACCGAGGCCGAGGCUGAGGUCGAGACUGAGAAACAAACCGCUGAUCAUGACGAGUUGUAAGUCGAAACUGUUAGCACCUGGAUCUGGGCUGUAGCUAUAGUUGGUGGACGUCUACACCCCUUCUUUAGCGGAGGUCCAACUAUUUCAAGUAGCUUGGAGCGGAGGCGUUACGGUUAGUCAAUGAAUAGGAUGUAGUUUUACAACGGAGGUAGUUAAA